GUCAUUUCAUUUUUUGUUUGUUAGUGUGUGCAUUAGUUGGGGAUUUAUAGACUAUUAGUGUUAGAGUUAUAUUAUUUUCCGCCACUUCUUUCUUGCUUACGUCUUGAUUUUUAGUUCAUCCAUCCGUCCAUUGACAUUUAGAAAAAUGUCUGCCCUACUUGGCACAUUAUUGACCCUGUUCAUUUUGGCCAUUGCCAGUGGAGCCGUUAUUGAACAGGUGGAUGAUACCGAUUUGAUUCAUAUGCUUACCGGCGAAGAUAACGUCAUCGUUUUGUUUUCCAAGAACAACUGUCCCAAAUGUGAUGAACUGGAAUUGACAUUGGAGAAUGUUGAAAAAGACUUGAAAGAAAACGUUGGAGCUAUUGUGGUCAAGGCUGUCAAUAGCCACAUGGUCAAUUUAUAUGAUCCAACUAAAGAGCCAGCCUUGAUCUACUUCAGACGUGGCGUACCUCUGCUCUAUUAUGGCGAAAAUAAUGCCGAAGAUAUUGUUCGAAUGUUUAGUGAGAAUCCUGAACCGGCCGUCAAGGAAUUGGCUGAUGAUAAUUUCGAACAUCUAACCCAGGCAUCAACAGGUGCCACAACCGGCGAUUGGCUUGUCUUUUUCUAUUCUGCCGAUUGUGUAUUUUGCUUACGUCUACAUGCUACAUGGGAAGCUGUGGGGGCCCAUCUGAAACAUCGCCUUAAUGUGGCUCGUAUUAAUCGUUUGGAAGCUGGCAUUUCAACGGCCAAACGUUUUGGCAUUGUCGAGUCGCCUGAAUUUAUAUUGUUACGCCAAGGCAAAGUAUAUCGUUACAAAUCGAAACUCUAUACUGCCCAACAGUUCAUUGAUUUUGCCACCAAGGACUUUGCCAAACAAACAAAUCCUGAAGCCGUGCCUCCAGAAGUAAAUAAUAUGAAUAAUUUCAUCACCGACCAAUUAAAGACAAUGGGCGAUAAUCAACAGAUCAUCUUUAUUGUUUGCGGUGUUGUCAUUCUGGUGAUCUUGGCUGCCUUGGUUGUCAAACGUAAGGUGUCAAAAAACGAAGCACCAGCAACAGUUAAAAAAUCCAACAAAGCCAAAAAGGCGAAAUAAAACUGUUGCUGCAAAUACGUACUAGCGAUGUGAGUGGGUGAACAUGUACUUCCAAAAAAGAUGUUGAAUGUGUGUCAAUACCAAGAAAUCAUUCCAUUUAUAGACAAUAGCUUUUUAGACAAACCAUCCCAUGACUUUUUUUUACAUAUGCCUCUUUAUUAUGUAUUGUAAGAUAUUUUGUGAAAUAUGUAUAAUGUUCUCAUCUACAAACAACAAAUAAUUUGUUAAAAAAAAACUUUGUAUUUUUGUAAAACCAAUUUUGUUUGUAAAAUAAAUAAUACAAUAGUUUUUGUAAUUUUUUU